AUAAGAUGCGUUUUAUUUGUGAACACGUUUUACUGGACCUUUAACAUUAGAGAUUAUAAAACGAAAUGUUUUUGUGAUUGUAAAAAUGGCUCCAUACAUUUUCACAAAUUAUAUGUUAAAGUUUGAGCUGUUAUGCAGGUUACUGUACAAACAUCAUCAUCAUACUCUUUAAAAGUCCUCUCAAUUUAGUUAGCUAUGUUUAACUACAAAGAAAAUGCUAUGUUUUAGAAAACUCAAGUAUAAAACUGUGGGUGUCACGGUUGUGAAAUUAGUUUAAGCACUGAUGGGAUGUUCAGAAUUUUAGUCUUCAUGAUUAAAGUAGUUUAAACUUCUCAUUUUAAACAGUACUGUUCAAUUAAUUUCCUAAAGCGUAAACUUAAAAUAAUUAUGGGUUUAUUAUUUUCUUGCAGGCAAUCUGAGAGGCAAAAAUGUGGGGUCCUCGUCUCCUGUUUAUGAUGUCAUCAUAUUAGAUUUGAUAACGUGGUUUGAAAGCGGCAUGACCAAUGAAUGACCGUGGAACGGAUCAGAUAGCGGGUGAUAUUUGAUAUUUUUGGAGUUGAUAUCGCAAAAUAUUGAUGAUAAAGCGCGGGGAAAUUAGCGCAAGCACUGCAUUUGUAUCUGCUUUUGCUACAUUUAUAAUUUCUGUAUAGAAAGACAUGACUACAGUCAACGAGGAAGGGAAGGACCGAGUCAUAUUUGUCACCAAGGAAGAACAUGAAAUUCCUAGCACUGUGAAACUGGAUGAGGAGGAUGCAAAUGAGGACCAUGAAGAAAAAGGUCUCAUCUUGCCAAGCGGUGAGAUAAAUUGGGACUGUCCGUGUUUGGGGGGGAUGGCAAGUGGAGUGUGUGGCGAGCAGUUUAAGACUGCAUUCACCUGCUUCCACUUUAGUCAAGAAGAGGUGAAGGGUUCAGACUGUCUGGAGCAGUUCAGCAGCAUGCAGGAGUGUUUUCGGCUUCAUCCUGAACUCUUCCCUCAGGAAGAUGAUCUUCAAAGUGCCAAUCCUGAAUCAAACGCCGAACAAAAAGACUCCUCUUCCAUCUCUGACUUCAGCACAAGCAAAGAGUCUGACCCUCUGCCCACUGACAUGAACAAUAUGCCUUCACAGCUGCCCGUAGCUAGUUAAAAUUGGAGAACAACUGAUUUCCAUCUCUAAUUCCACUUUUUUGUUUACUUUAUUAUAUUUAAAUAUGCUUUUAAGAUGAGACAUAAAGGAAACAGGGACACUGAAUAAAUGCAGAAAGUAACAAUAUAUGGACUAUAUAUUUUUCCAACGUAUUUUUUGAUGAAUGUGAUGUUCUAAAAAAUAUAAAGUGAUAUCUUAAAAAAUGGUGAGACAUCGAUGUUUUGUUAAACUCUCUCUGAUUGUGUGUUCUGAAAAAUAUCAACUACAUGUUUAUACAUUGUGUUUUUCUUUCUUUUUUUUUAUACUCCUUUAUUAUUUUUUGUUCCUAUGAUCACCUUAAUCCAAGUGUAACUUGUAAAAGUGUGUGAUUUAAAGUCUACUGAGAUUUACUGUACUUGUGUGUAAAAUGUGAGAUCAUAUUUUGAUAAAGAUAUAAACUCAUAAAUUUUAUAUUGUUUGGCCAUUUUAGUAUAUAAUUGUGUGCUGCUUUAGUCAAACAGUAUCGAAGUAAUUUAAAUGAGGUUAAUAAAUCACCUUUCACACUGGGUCCAAAAGUUUGAGUUUACAUAAAAAGUUGAAAUUUAAAAUCUUUGAUUUAAACAUACUGUCUAACAUCUGUAUUCCACAUGAGACAUUAAAUAAAGUCAUACAGAUUUGGAACGA